UCAUCCUCAUCAUCAUUAUCAUAAAUAAAAAAUUACUUAAAAAAAGAAAAAGAAAAAAGAAAAUUCACCAAGAUCACAAAUCCACCAACUCCCUUUCUCCUCCCCCAAUUCUCUUCCUUCACUUCCAUCAUAUAAUCUUCAUUUCUAUCCAUCUAACUUAAAGGAGGCUUUUUCCAAAGGGGGAGAACAAACGAUUAAAACAAAAUAGAAGGGGAAAAAAACACGCACACACACAGUGAACUCCGCAGCCAUGGCUUCUACCUCCUCCCUUACUCUCUCCCAAGUUGUCCUCGCCCGCUCCGUUCCCCGCCAUGGCUCUUCCAACCCUCACCUCCCUUCUUCUCUUUCACUCCCCACAUUUUCCGGCCUCAAAGCCACCCCCACCACCACCGCCACACCCACCGCUGCCAACGCCUCCUCCACUCGCCGCCGAUCCACUCCCGGCCGCCGCCAAGCUCAGGUCUUGGCUUCAGCUGCCGUUGAGACCCUCGAGAAGACUGACACUGAACUCGUAGACAAGUCCGUCAACGCGAUCCGGUUUCUGGCCAUCGAUGCCGUCGAGAAGGCCAACUCCGGCCAUCCGGGUCUGCCGAUGGGUUGUGCUCCGAUGGCCCAUAUUAUUUACGAUGAAGUCAUGAAGUACAAUCCCAAGAAUCCUUAUUGGUUCAACAGGGACCGCUUUGUUCUCUCCGCCGGACAUGGCUGCAUGCUUCAGUAUGCUUUGCUCCAUUUGGCUGGAUAUGACAGUGUCCAGGAGGAGGAUUUGAAGCAGUUCCGUCAAUGGGGAAGCAGAACCCCAGGACAUCCGGAGAACUUUGAGACCCCCGGUAUUGAAGUCACAACUGGUCCUCUUGGCCAAGGUAUUGCCAAUGCUGUGGGUUUGGCCCUUGCUGAGGCGCAUUUGGCUGCUAGAUACAACAAGCCAGAUGCUGAGAUUGUUGACCACUACACAUAUGUUAUUCUCGGUGAUGGAUGUCAAAUGGAGGGUAUUUCAAAUGAAGCUUGUUCCCUUGCUGGCCACUGGGGGCUUGGAAAGCUUAUUGCAUUCUAUGACGACAAUCAUAUUUCUAUUGAUGGUGAUACGGAUAUUGCUUUCACUGAGAAUGUUGAUGCCCGUUUUGAGGCUCUUGGAUGGCAUGUUAUCUGGGUAAAGAAUGGUAACACAGGUUAUGAUGAGAUCCGUGCUGCGAUAAAGGAAGCAAAAGCUGUUAAAGACAAGCCUACAAUGAUUAAGGUCACAACAACAAUUGGAUAUGGGUCCCCUAACAAGGCAAACUCAUAUGCAGUGCACGGAAGUGCAUUGGGUGCGAAGGAGGUAGAUGCUACCAGGGCAAACCUUGCAUGGCCUCAUGAGCCUUUCCAUGUGCCAGAGGAAGUAAAGAAGCACUGGAGCCGUCAUAUCCCGGAGGGUGCUGCCCUUGAAGCUGAAUGGAAUGCCAAAUUUGCCGAAUAUGAGAAGAAAUAUCCUGAGGAAGCUGCAGAGUUUAAGUCCAUCAUUACUGGUGAACUACCAGCUGGUUGGGAGAAAGCUCUUCCUACAUAUACACCUGAGAGCCCUGGAGAUGCUACCAGGAAUCUCUCUCAAACAAAUCUUAAUGCCCUUGUAAAGGUUCUUCCUGGUCUGCUCGGUGGUAGUGCCGAUCUUGCCUCCUCAAAUAUGACCCUCCUUAAGUCGUUUGGCGACUUCCAGAAGGACUCACCCGCAGAGCGUAAUUUAAGGUUUGGUGUUCGUGAACACGGUAUGGGAGCCAUUUGUAAUGGGAUCGCUCUCCACAGCCCUGGGCUCAUCCCAUAUUGUGCAACUUUCUUUGUGUUCACUGACUACAUGAGGGCUGCCAUCAGGAUCUCUGCAUUGUGUGAAGCUGGAGUUAUCUACGUGAUGACCCAUGAUUCAAUUGGUUUGGGAGAAGAUGGACCCACACAUCAGCCAAUUGAGCACUUGGCAAGUUUCAGGGCCAUGCCUAAUGUUUUGAUGCUGCGUCCAGCUGAUGGCAAUGAGACAGCUGGUGCAUACAAGGUUGCCGUAGUCAACAGGAAGAGACCCUCAAUCCUUGCACUUUCAAGGCAAAAAUUGCCCCAGCUACCCGGAACUUCUAUUGAAGGAGUAGAGAAGGGAGGUUACAUAAUAUCAGACAAUUCAUCAGGCAACAAGCCAGAUUUUAUCUUAACUGCAACAGGUUCAGAGUUGGAGAUUGCAGCCAAAGCUGCUGAUGAACUCAGAAAGGAAGGCAAAACUGUCAGAGUUGUUUCUCUCGUCUCUUGGGAGCUUUUUGAUGAGCAAUCAGCUGAGUACAAGGAGAGCGUCUUUCCAGCAUCUGUAACAGCUAGGGUAAGUAUUGAGGCUGGUACGACAUUUGGGUGGCAGAAGUUUGUUGGAGAUAAAGGCAAGGCGAUUGGAAUUGACCGAUUUGGAGCAAGUGCACCUGCAGGCAAAAUAUACAAGGAAUUCGGCAUUACUGCAGAGGCUGUUGUAGCUGCAGCAAAGAGUAUCUCCUAGGCUUUUGUUAGUUUAGGUCAUCCAGGUGCUGGUUGUUUACUGAGAUUUUUAAGAUUGGUAUUUGGUCAUGCAGUUUACUGUGAGCAAACCUUGUUAAGGGAUUCGGCUCAGUUCACUGCGAGUUGAGAUUUCGUAAUAAAAGAAGAUAGGCUCUCUUGCUUUUGCUGUCUUUCAUCUGUCGAUCUAUUUCAGCCUGUGAAGAGGAGACAGUUUAGGAUCUUUCCCAAUAUUAUACUGGAACAUGGCCUUUGUAAUUGAUGUUGUUUUAUUGACUUGAGUUUACUUUUUUCUGUCUUUUGCAUCUAAUGAGCAAUAUAAAGAGAUUGUUCCCAU